AUGGUGUCUCCCGCAUCCUCCCUUCAAUCGCUACCUGAGGUGAAUGCCAACGGCAAUGAAUCUAAUAAACUGCCCGUCCGGCCAGCCCCAAAGCUUUUCGGUAGCAAUGAUGGCGCCUCGUCAGGCGCCGGGACGCCAAUCGGCUUCCAGCGACACCCACACAACAAGAUCCUUGACGGCGUGGCUGGAGCGAACACCCGCCUUCCUUCUCCUCAGCCGACUCACCUGGCUAUCCCGGGUAGCCCACAUCGAGUUCUUUCUGAGGAGGAUCCAGGUUAUAUAGCUGCCAAGUUUGAGGGUAAAGAACAUCAAAUGGAACAAGUUAUGGACCAGCUGGAAAAGAAAGGUUUCAUUCCUGCGGAAUUCAUCGUGGGAGAAACAGAGUGGUUCUACAACCAGCUCGGAAUCGAUGACACCUACUUCCAGACAGAAACUGUCGACGCAAUUGUCACGCAGAUUCUCUCCCUUUAUGCUGCCAAGGUCGCAGCAUAUGCUCGUGAUGAUAAGAAACUCGAAAUACGUCUAGACAAGGAAGCUGAAGAUCAUGCUGUCUACAUUGAUACGAGCAAGCCAGGCUUUUCAAGUGCCGGUGGCCCUGGUUACGAGCAAAGAAUCGACAAGAAAUACAUUGACGGUUCGACUCACGACAACAGCUACCGAGUUGAAACUUUCCGUUCGCCCACUCCGGUCCCUGGUGAUGACGGCCAGCAGCUCCGCUGCUACUUCGUGUAUAAGUGCCAGUUCGCCAACCCUAACCCGGGGUUGCAAGAGACGAACAUCGAUGUUAUCGGUGAGAAGAGGUUCUUGCAAAAAGCGACACCCAACACCAAGGCUGUCUAUCAGGAAAUAAUCAGCAAUGCCGUUGCUCGGGCUGGCCCCGUCAUAGAGAUGUUUGAAAUCGAAAAAUCUCGCGAAAAGCGUCUCGUUAUCGCGUACCGCCAGGGAUCCGCCAUGGGACUGUUUAGCGCACUUUCUGAUCUAUACCACUACUACCGCCUCACAAGUUCACGGAAGUACCUGGAGAAUUUCUCCAACGGAAUCACCGUCAUAUCACUUUACCUGCGCCCCCAGAAGAAUGCAGAGAUUGCGGCCAAGUUCCCCCCCAUCGAGGCCGCAGUCCAUCAAAUCAUCAAGGAAAUUUCUCUUCUAUACUGUGUUCCUCAAAAUAAGUUCCAGCAUCAUUUUGCCAGCGGACGUCUUAGCUUGCAAGAAACCAUCUAUGCGCACUGCGCAUGGGUGUUUGUUCAACAAUUCCUGAACCGUCUUGGCUCCGAAUAUACGUCCCUAACCGACCUUCUAGACUCGAAUAACAGCGCACACGCGGAGCUUUUGGCGAAGAUCAAAAAGAGGCUGCGUACCGAGACUUUUACCUCUGAUUAUAUCGCGGAAAUUGUGAACAAGUACCCAAACCUUAUUCACAAACUCUACCUUGACUUUGCAAACACACAUUAUGUGCAGACCCGUGGCCCAGCCGAGGAUGACUUCCUCCCUACCCUAAGUUACCUACGUCUUCAGGUCGACCAGGUGCUGGACAGUCGACAAUUGAAGCAGCUCGUCUCAAGCACGGCUGCUAAUGAACAUGAUGAAAUGGUCAUGAGUGCCUUCCGUGUGUUCAACGCCUCGAUCCUCAAGACCAACUUUUUCACACCGACAAAGGUGGCUCUUAGCUUCCGACUUGACCCACACUUCCUUCCAGAGCACGAGUACCCUCAGCGUCUAUAUGGAAUGUUCUUGAUUAUCAGUUCUGAAUUCCGAGGAUUCCAUCUCCGCUUCCGAGAUAUUGCUAGAGGCGGCAUUCGAAUUGUAAAAAGCCGAAACAAGGAAGCAUACAGCAUUAAUACUCGCUCACUUUUCGACGAGAAUUACAACCUCGCCAAUACACAGCAACGCAAGAACAAGGAUAUCCCAGAGGGUGGAGCAAAGGGAGUAAUCCUUUUAGACGUGGACCACCAAGAUAAAGCACGUGUUGCCUUUGAGAAGUACAUUGACAGUAUCUUGGACCUCCUUCUACCACCCGUUAGCCCUGGUAUCAAGGAUCCCAUUGUCGAUUUGCACGGAAGGGAUGAAAUUCUUUUCAUGGGCCCCGACGAAAAUACAGCGGAAUUGGUCGACUGGGCCACCGAACAUGCUCGCAACCGUGGUGCUCCUUGGUGGAAGUCUUUCUUCACCGGCAAGAGCCCCCGUCUGGGUGGAAUUCCUCACGAUACAUAUGGCAUGACCACUCAAUCUGUUCGCCAAUAUGUCUUAGGGAUCUAUCGCAAACUCAACAUUGACCCCUCAACUAUCCGAAAACUGCAAACUGGUGGACCCGACGGUGACCUCGGCUCAAACGAGAUUCUCCUGGCUAAUGAGAAGUACACCGCAAUUGUUGACGGGUCUGGUGUCAUCGUAGAUCCACAGGGUCUUAACCAUGAUGAACUCGUGCGACUCGCGAAGAAGCGGACAACAAUCUCUGAGUUCGAUGUGAGCAAGCUCUCACCUGAAGGUUACCGAGUACUAGUAGAUGAGAGCAAUGUGCAUCUACCAAAUGGAGAGCUUAUCCACAACGGAAUGAUUUUCCGAAACCUGUUCCACCUUCGCAAGGAACUACCAUAUGACACUUUUGUACCUUGUGGUGGACGUCCUGAAUCAAUUGAUCUCUCUACCGUUGGAAAGCUUAUUGAGAACGGCAAAUCAACUAUCCCUUACAUCGUUGAGGGUGCCAAUCUGUUUAUUACUCAGGAUAGCAAGCUUCGUCUCGAGAAAGCCGGAUGUAUCCUUUUCAAAGAUGCUUCCGCCAAUAAAGGCGGUGUGACCUCCUCGUCAUUGGAAGUCCUCGCUUCCCUUUCCUUCGAUGACCAAGGAUUCGUGGAGAAUAUGUGUGUUGGAGAAGAUGGCACCGUUCCAGAGUUUUACAACACCUACGUCAAACAGGUUCAGGAAGUCAUUAAGGAAAAUGCCACCCUCGAGUUUGAGGCAAUCUGGCGUGAGCAUGAACAGACUGGGAUCCCUCGCAGUGUUCUGAGCGACAGGCUCAGUGUGGCCAUCACACAGCUUGACGAAGAGCUACAGAAGACAGAACUGUGGGAUAACGUUGAGCUCCGCAGAUCUGUUCUCAGCGAUGCCCUGCCAAAGCUGCUUCUGGACAAGAUCGGGCUUGAGACAAUCCUUGGCCGGGUUCCUGAAAACUAUCUACGGGCUAUCUUCGGUAGCCACCUUGCCAGCCGCUUUGUUUAUCAAUACGGAAGUGGUCCCAGCCAAUUUUCGUUCUUUAACUUCAUGACCAAAAGACUUGCACAGUCCCAAGCAUAA